UAAACCUCUCCAGAAGCUGCGACUUCGGCCGCCGGGCAAUAGAAUUGCUACACCGUACUCCGGCUACGUCCAUAGCUAUAACCCUUUCCUGGAACCGUUUUAUCGUUGAGCUCCUGGUCGCAAACACUGAAACUCCUUUAGAGAGAGCUUCACUUCUCUCGUCAUGUGCCGCUUUUUGGUAUACAAGGGCCGACAUGAGAUACGUCUCAGCAAAUUAGUUACAGAGCCCAGUCAUUCAAUUCUGACUCAAUCAUAUGACUCCCGUCUUAGACUGGAUAACCGCCGUCCAGUAAACGGCGAUGGCUUCGGAGUAGGGUUCUACACGGACCCCAAGCUCGGCCCAGAGCCAUGUAUUUUCACAUCCACACUCCCAGCCUGGAACUGUGAGAAUCUUGAACGUUUAGCAUCCAAAACUUGCUCCAAUCUGAUCUUCGCGCAUGUCCGCGCAACCACGGAAGGAGCCCUAUCAGAUAACAACUGCCACCCGUUCCAACACAACACGUUGAUGUGGAUGCACAACGGCAACGUUGGUGGCUGGCAGUAUAUCAAGCGGCCGCUGGGCGAUUCGCUCGCGGAUCGCUGGUAUCUGGGCGUGAAAGGCGGCACAGAUAGUGAAUGGGCUUUUGCGUUGUUCCUUGACCUCUUGGAGAAGGAAGGUGUUGAUCCGAGCUCGGAUCCCGGUCCGGAGGGCUUUGGGCAGGCGCUCCUACGACGGGUGAUGGUCAAGACUAUUGCAAAGAUCAAUGAGUUCAUUCGGGAUAUCCCCAAGAGACAUAAUGUUUCUGGUAUUGAGACCCGCAGCUUGCUCAAUUUUGCUGUAACGGAUGGCCAUACAGUGGUUUGUACGCGGUAUAUCAGCAGCAAGACGGAUGAACCUGCCAGUUUGUACUUCUCAUCGGGCACCAAAUGGAAGGAGGGAAAGGUUAAAGGCCACUUCAAGAUGGAACGUCACGAUAAGGGAGCCGACAUUGUCCUAGUGGCAAGUGAGCCGAUUACGUUUGAGAGACAUAAUUGGGUUUCGGUUCCCGCCAACUCGAUUGUUACUAUCCAUAAGCAGACGGUCCUUCUACAUCCCAUCAUGGAUGAGUUCUAUAGCGAGGACUUGAACCAAGACCGCUCAUCCUGCUAUGCUGUGUCGAAGGGUCUCGUUAGCACGGCUCCUGGCACAACAGUCCAACCUCAAAACACUGAGCCAAAGGCUCCUGCAAUAAGCGUCAAUGGUGCUAGAGUAGAUGAUCCCGCAGGAGGACUAGGCCAGCAUCAACUAGAGUUCGCUAACAAAUGUGCAAUUUCACAUUGAGGGCUUUUGCAUGCUUCGAGGUAUUAAGCUGGACUUAAUGAUAACCAACAAUUGAGGUCAUUGGCGUUGGUAUUGGGUCGGGGUAUUCUUUUUGUCUCUGAUAUGGGGGUACAUCAUUUAAUCUUAGCACACAUAGUCUUG